AUGACACCGAAACAAUGGGCAAAGUACCUGUUCUCCGUUCAUGGUGUCAGUGGUGUACUUUCAGUUCUGGCCGGCAGCAUUUGGACCACGGUCCGAAUGGCCAAGGGUAUCCGCCAAGCCAGCCACGCAGAAGUGGUGUUCAAUGUUAUCUUGAGUGCUCUGAUCUUGAUUACCGGCAUCAUGCGGGUCAGGACGAUUCGAAAUCAGGACCUUGUCUUGAAAUUUUGGGUCGGCAUUUCCAUCCAAAUCUUUGCGCUGUGUCAAGUGUUGGAAGCACCUCUCCUUGGUUGGAUUCCAUAUUCGAUCUUUGGCAACUGGAUCAGCCGUCUAUGGGGCAUCCUUUCAGUGUACUUCUAUGUGAAAUGGCUGAUGCAGAUCAAGAAGUGGAACGAUGCCUUCGAAACGAAAAGUGAUCAGAUGGUGGCUCGGAUUUUUCACCCUUUAAUGGCACCGGCAAUGGGCUCCGUUGUGGUGAUGGAGGUGGUGACGUUUGUUAACUUUGUGGAGCUCCAUUUCAGCUUGGUCAGCAGGUGCGCUGCAGCACAAGCCCUGUUCCUCGAUUCACAGCUCGUCUCACUCGCUGUCAACAACGUUGCGCAGUUCACCUUGACGCUGGCAAACCAGAAGAAGGUCGCCAACAUCCAGACCUUGUUCUAUGUGCUUGGAGCCAUUGGUACCGUCCAAUUUGCAUUGCUCAUGUGGGUACACCUGAAGCACUUAGGGCUAGCAGCCCUGAAUCCACUGCUCAUGAUUCCGCUUGUGUGUCGCGGCGCAUGA